GGGGUGGGGUAUUCAAGUGUCAGAGGGCGAAGGUGGGUGAUGACAGUAGUCGAGGUCUUGAAUCCUGGAAUGGCAAAGUGGUUACUCAGGGUCGGAGCAGUAAUUACUGGAGGGUUAGCGCUGUCCGAUUUAUAUGUUGCGACCCAUGUGGAUCCUAACGACAUUGGAUUUGUUCGAAUUGUACGAGCUAUGGCCACUACUGCAGUCAUCAGUUAUGACUACAUGACCGCACUCAAGAAAGUGGAGUAUGGGACAGAUGAAUACGAGACUGUCAAGUCGCAGGUCCAUCGUCGUUCUGCUCAACAUUUGCUGGAUCUCUGCUGUGCUAACAGGGGCACGUUCGUCAAAGUGGGCCAACAUCUGGGCGGUUUGGACUAUCUGCUACCUGAAGAGUACACCAGCACAUUGAAGAUCCUGCAUAGUAAAGCCCCACAGAGCAGUCUGCAAGAAAUUCACCAGGUCAUUGAGGAAGAUCUUGGCAGAGAGAUUCCUCAGCUGUUUGCCAGGUUUGAAGAAACCCCAUUGGGUGCAGCAUCGUGGGCCCAAGUUCACAAGGCAGUAUUACACGAUGGAAGGACAGUGGCAGUCAAAGUCCAGCACCCGAAGGUGCGCAGUCAAUGUGCCAACGAUGUCAUUUUGAUGGAGCUUCUGGUUCGGUUUGUGUCGUGGACGUUUCCUGAAUUCAGCUUUGCAUGGCUGGUUGAUGAAGCAAAGAAAAACAUGCCACUUGAACUGGAUUUCUUGAAAGAGGGCCAAAACACGGAGAAGGUGGCCUACAUGCUCAAGCAGUUUCCGUUUCUCAAGGUCCCUAAGAUUCACUGGGAACUGUCAACCAGUCGAGUUCUGACCAUGGAGUUUAUGGAAGGUGGUCAGGUAAAUGACAGAGAGUACAUGAAGAAAAAUGGCAUUGACGUAAAUGAGAUUUCUCAAAAUCUGGGGAAGAUGUACAGCGAAAUGAUCUUUGUAAACGGCUUCGUGCAUUGUGACCCACAUCCUGGCAAUGUGUUGGUCAGAAAGUCCACUCAAACCAACAAAACUGAAAUUGUUCUGCUGGAUCAUGGAUUGUAUCAGAACUUGACCGAAGAGUUCCGCCUCGACUACUGCCGCUUGUGGCAUUCUCUGAUAAGGACGGACAUGAAAGGCAUCGAGAUGUACAGCCGGAGGCUGGGGGCUGGGGACCUAUACCCACUCUUUGCCUGCAUGCUCACCGCCAGAUCCUGGGCCUCUAUAACCAAAGGAAUUGACCAGACGCCGGUGUCUGAGACUGAGGACGUGGAGAUUAGAGUAAACGCAGCUAAAUAUCUGCCGCGCAUCAAUGAACUGCUGAACAAGGUCCCUCGCCAAAUGCUCCUGCUCCUAAAGACUAAUGACCUGCUUCGAGGGAUUGAAACAUCACUUCAGACACGAGCCAAUGCUACUUCCUUUAUCAACAUGUCACGUUGCUGUGUCAGAGCUUUGUCCAGGCACGAGAGGGAUAAAUGUCAGUCCUGGUAUGGGAAGCUGAAAAUCUCCCUGUCCGAGACUCUUGAUCUUUGGCAGAUCAACCUUUAUGAGGCAUUGCUGUGGAUUAAGGCAACGCUGCUGGGGAGCUGGAUCGCUGAGAUCUUAGGUUAUCAUCAUCCUCACCCGCAAUGACGCUGCUCCCUGCCAAAGGAAAGAUGAUGAAUAUUUAUUCUCCAGUUCUCUGCUCCUCUGCAGCACUUGACACCUUCUCUGGAGGUCUCCCAGAUUUCCUAUGUG